UACGUAGGAUGUGUUGCGUCAUUGCACUGUUUCUGAUCGGACGCCUUUUAGUGGAGCUCCGCCCCCUUUUAGGGGAGCUCCGCCCCAUUGUGUGAUAGGCCUACACCUGGUCAGUAACACAAUUCACUCUGGAUUUCCACCCUGACUCAUCUCAUCUGUGAGAGCGCUGACUUUUGGAUUAUACAGUAAUUGAACUUGAGGGCAACUCAGAACUUAACAGAGUGAGCUGACAGUAGAUUGUGCAGGGAAUGAACAGUUAUACUCAUACGUAUACAGCGGACAGCCUGCAUCAAUCUGUUUUGUGAUGUGACUGCUGGCUGCGCCAAAGUGGCGCUUUUACGCACGAUGGAGGACCUUUUACGCGAGCAGAGUAGUUGGGCGCAGAAUGUUUCCUGGAGCAACUCAAGUAGUGGAAAUGACAGCCAUCUAGGAAACACCACAGUAAAUCCUUUGAAACGAAAUGAAGAAGUGGCCAAAGUGGAAGUUACCGUCCUGGUCCUGGUCCUGCUGCUCGCGCUGACCGGCAACCUGUGCGUCCUGUGGGCUAUCCACAGCACCAAGCACAGCCAGUCGCGGAUGUAUUACUUCAUGAAGCACCUGAGCAUCGCAGACCUGGUCGUGGCGAUCUUUCAGGUCUUGCCGCAACUCAUUUGGGAUAUCACGUUUCGCUUCUACGGGCCGGAUCUGGUGUGCAGGCUGGUCAAAUACCUCCAGGUCGUGGGUAUGUUUGCGUCCACCUACAUGCUCGUCCUGAUGUCCAUAGACAGAUGCUUAGCAAUCUGCCAGCCUCUUCGCUCCGUGCACAGGAGAAAGGAUCGCUUCUGGGUGAUCGCCUCUUGGAUGCUCAGCCUGAUUUUCAGCACUCCUCAAGCCUACAUAUUUUCUCUGAGGGAGGUCGGGAACGGUGUGUAUGACUGCUGGGGGGACUUUAUUCAGCCAUGGGGCGCCAAAGCAUACAUCACAUGGAUGAGUCUCAGCAUUUACAUUUUACCAGUGGCGAUUUUAAGCAUCUGCUAUGGCUUGAUAUGUUUCAAAAUAUGGCAGAAUUUCAAUUUAAAAACCAGGAGGGAGCACUUCCUGGCUCUCACGCCAAGGCCCUCCAAAGGCGCUCGUCCUCUCUGUCGCGUGAGCAGCGUGAGGCUCAUCUCCAAGGCAAAGAUCCGCACAGUGAAAAUGACAUUUGUGGUGGUCCUCGCCUACAUCGUGUGCUGGACUCCCUUCUUCUUCGUCCAGAUGUGGUCUGCAUGGGAUCCUGCUGCACCUAGAGAAGACAUGGCCUUCAUCAUCGCCAUGUUGCUGGCCAGUCUCAACAGCUGCUGUAACCCCUGGAUCUACAUGUUCUUUGCUGGUCACCUGUUCCACGACCUCACGCAAUGCUUCUUCUGCUGCUGUAGACAGUACCUGUCAGCCUCCUCCUGCAGCUGCGAUCGACAGUGCAGGCACAAGAGCAACCCCUCCACUUGCGUCAUCAAGAACACCAGCAGCCAGAGGAGCCUCACACACACAUCCAGCACAGGAGGACUGGGACACUGAAGGAGCCAGCUGAAAGCCAUCCAGGCUUCCUGUAGUCAAGCAAUCCUUCUCCAAUUUCAGGCAUUUAAACAUCUGCAGUGGCCAUGACAACAUUGGGGUUUCGAGAGAAAUAGACAAUAUAAAGCUUCUGUUCAGACAUUUACCUGCACACAGUGAUAACAAAGAGCAACUUUAAAGGUGCAAUUUUUUUUUUAUCAACGGUAGUAGUGAGAGUAUUGCAUGAUAUAAGAAAUGCAGAGAUGACAGUCGUCUUGUGAACUUUCCAAACUGAAAUUAAGACCUAAACCAAAAUGAUAUUCUGUGUUUAGGAGACUGUUGCAAUGGACAGGUCACCGAAGAGUCUUCCUGGGAGAAAUUACUUGCUCAGCGAAGGCACAGAGAGCAACAGUUCAGUAGAGAGGAGUCACAGCCGGAUGCGAUGUGGAUUCGGGUGUGAGGACAAUGCGGCCUGCUAGCUUCACGGCUAAGCGAAAUGGGCUAUGUU